ACGUCACCUCGGUGCGCUAUAUUCACUAACAUUUUCAACUAUUUGCAACAUUUUGUGAUAUUCUUGCAUCAUAUUCUCGUGAACGCCGGUAAUAUUCAUUAUCUUGGUAAGCUACAUCUGGUGUUUUGAACCUCCAAGUAGCGUAAUUCUACAAGAAAUGUCGAAUAAAACCGCCACCAAGAAGAGCAGAAGAAGAGAUCUUACGAAGACACGAAACCGAGCCGAUAACAUAGCCGGUGACUCUGGUGAAGAAAAUAGCGACGAUGGUGGACAUGAUAACACAAUUUCAGCUGGUCACUCAACUGUAGCGGAUGAAUCCAGGGGCCAGCUUCUUGAUAGCACACUGAAGAAAGCUAUUGAAAAACAGAUUGCCCAUUCACUACGUUCAUCGAGCCUGAUCAAACGCCUAGCAGAUGAUGUAUAUGACGUUAUAGCUGCAAAGUUGGAAGAACAAGUUGUGGAUAAGGUGUACAAAGCUGUCAACCUGGACUUGAAGAAGUACAUGGAUGAAGUCGAAACUAUGAAAAAGAAAAUGUCUGAAAUGAAGAAGGAAACGAAAAUGCUUCAAGACGAGAAUGAAGAGGCAGAACAAUACAGCAGAAGAAACUGUCUACGACUUUAUGGCAUUCCUGAAGGACCAGAAGAAAAGACUGACGAGCUCAUCCUGGAUGUUUUUAACAGCAAACUUGGUCUUACAGUUCCACCAGAUGCGAUUGAUCGCAGUCAUCGCAUCUCUCCACGUCCGAGGCAAGGUGAUGAACAGAGACACGAAUCGUCAUCAUACGCAACUGCUUCAAGGAGGACUCAGCCGAGACCGAUAAUAGUGAAGUUUAGCAGGUACAACAUCCGGAAUGACGUCUACAAGGCGAGAACGAAAUUGAAAAAUGCCAACGGACCGAAAAUAUGGCUAAAGGAGGAUCUCACAGCCAGGCGAGCCAACCUCUUUUGGGAACUUGUCAAUAGCAAGAAGUCUAAGUCUUGUUGGACCCAAGAUGGAAUCAUCUUUGCUAUCAGAUCAAGGGAUUCAAAGAAAAUCAGGAUCAGAUCAAGACUCGACUUUGAGAACUUGGAGGAUUCCUGAUGCAUGGAAAAGGGCUCGUGUAACGCCAAUCUUCAAAAGUGGUGACAAUACUAAUCCGUCAAACUAUAGACCAAUCUCAGUACUCCCGGUUUUGUCUAAAGUCUUAGAAAAGAUUGUGUUUAAUCAAGUGUAUAACUACCUGUCAAACAAUAGUUUGCUUGAUCCAUGCCAGCAUGGUUUUCGUCCAGGCCACUCAACAACCACUGCCUUGUUAAAUAUUACUGAUGAUUUUGCUAACAAAAUUGAUCAAGGUUACGUUAUUGGUAUGGUCACUAUAGACUUGGAGAAGGCAUUUGAUUUAAUAUCGUCUGAAUUACUGUUAAAGAAAUUAUUUUACUUUGGAU